AUGGAGGGCUUCGCUUUCCUCUUUCGAAUUCCUAACGCUGCAACCCGUCACAGAGUGAUUCAUCAGCGAUUAUGGCAAAUCGAAGGACAAACUAUGUUUGUAGAUAAAUGGGAGCCUGGAGUCGUACCUUCAAAACCCGAGCUCACCUCAGCGCCUAUUUGGUUGGAGCUUAGGAAUGUGCCCCUCCAAUUCUUCAAUGAGGAUGGUUUGGAGAGGAUUGCAGGUUUAGUGGGCUUCCCGAAAUACCUGCACCCCAUGACCGCUAACAAGACUAAUCUCGAGGUGGCUAAGGUCUUCACCGUCAUAGAUCCAAGGAAGCCUCUUCCCGAAGCAGUCAACGUGCAGUUUGACUCUGGUCAAAUAAGCAGAGUACUAGUCUCAAGCCCUUGGAUGCCGCCGGUGUGCGAAAUCUGCAGGGAGAUCGGACACGUUUCUAGACGAUGCCCCUCAGUGAUUAAAACAUGUCCUCGAUGCAACUCUGACAAACACAGUCUCGCUAACUGUCCUCAGAACAAGCAUGGUGAGACAAAUGGUAAGAAGACAAGAAGGGGAAGAUCUAAAUCGAAGCAGGUUUGGCGGGAAGUUGACCCGGAUUUGGCUAAAAAGUCGGUAUCUCCAGCAGUCCCUGCAUCUCACACUGAGUCAGUGACAGCAACACACACUGAGUUGGUGACUGUGUCCCAUACUGCGUCUGUGAUUGCUAACAAGUUGCAAUCAGCGAAGCUUAUGUCUGCACAUGAGUCUAAGCUUGGCACGAUCCAGGAUACUGUCAUUGGUGAGUCCAGCGGAACACCAUACUAUCUCAGAUCAGCAAGGCAGAGAAGCGCGUCUGGCAAUUCUCGCUCUUCUGCAGAAAUCCAACCGGAUUCUUCAGAUGUCGAGACCUCUGAUUCAGAUUUGGAAGAAGGGGAGCUCAGUAAGCACGACUUGGAGCUUGGUUUUGAGGUUGUGAGGAACAAAAAGAAGUUUUCAGGGCUAAAGAAGUCUGGCCAGAAGGGUGAUCGGGGCAGGGGUCCCAAACUAAAUUAA